GUUCACGCUCUCUCCCACCUGAUUUCUCACGCCCUGCCUUUGACAUACUCGCUUUGUGAACGCACUUCUUGGCAUCGCAUACUACCCUCAACUUCACUCACCGACGCCAUCACCAUGACUACCCAUUACUCCGAAAAGAAAGACCUUUUCCCUCUCGCUGGCGGCUGCGCCUGUGGCCUUAUCCGCUACCAGCUCACCCUGCCACCCCUCAUUGUGCAUUCCUGCUACUGCACCGCGUGCCAGCGCCAGACCGGCUCUGCCUUCGCCCUCAACGCUGCCAUCGAGACCUCGGCCCUCGGCCAGCUCCGGCCGACCGCUCCCUCCAUCGCCGGCAGCCGUGCUGCCCCUGAACCCGUCCCGACCGGUCUCAUCCCCGCUGUUGCGACCCUCACCGACGCCGUCCCCUCGACCCACAACAAGCCCGGCCCCAAACCCAAGUUCGUUUGCAUCCCGACCGAGUCCGAGCUCGGACAGACCGUCGCGCACUGUCCGGCCUGUCAUACCGGUCUGUGGUGCUACUACGCCGACGCAGGGCCGUACGUCGCCUAUGUGCGUGUGGGCACCCUCGAUAAGCCGUGGGAGGUUGCCCCCGACGUGCACAUCUACACGCGCAGCCGCCAGCCCUUCCUCGCCGUCAAUGAUAGGAAGCCUCAGUUUGAGGAGUACUACCCCAGCCGAGAUGCACUGCUGAGGGAUGAUGCCCGAGAGAGAAUGGAGGCGUUGAAGCCAACUAUUACUCAGUGGCGGGAAGAGCUCGAGGCUAUCCUCAGUACUCGAUAGUGCCUAUGGAGGACUGUUUGACAAGGUUGUGCUUGGGUCUAUGUUUUAUUCUUUACUUUCCACGACACGAGGAAAGCAACUCAGUCAUUAUCGCAUUCACUGAAGUAAU